AUGGCGUCUUCUUCUGAAUUACGUUCACGUUCGACAAACAACAAAAAGAACAAGAAGCAAGCACCUCCCGCUGCUAGUACUGGUACUGGUGCUCCCAAUCCUGCCACUGGUUCGGAUCUCAAUUCUGUCAAAGCUGCUCAAGCUUUACUGAGUGAGCAAGGCACAGUCUCGUUGAGUCUUGUCUCUGCCUUCAGAAUUUUGUUCAUCAUCCGUUGUUGCUCAGCAUUAUACCGCAUUAUUGAUGAUUGCGAUGAGGUUUACAACUACUGGGAACCUACUCAUUAUUUAUUACAAGGUUAUGGUCGUGAAACUUGGGAGUACUCGACUGAUUACAAAAUCAGAAGUUGGGCUUUCAUCUUUGUCAAUGCUGUUGUGGGAUUCGCUACUAAGCUUUUGACUUCGACAAAGCUCCAAACAUUUUAUCUUAUUCGCCUCUUCCUUGCUGCUGUAUCCUCCUAUGUCGAAGCUAGAUUUUAUCGCACAGUUACCGAAGAAAUCAACCCUCACGUCGGUCGCUACGUAUACGCUAUUUUGUUUUUCGGUGCUGGCAUGUUUAAUGCCUCUACUGCAUAUUUACCCUCCACUUUUGCCAUGUACUGUGUAUUCAUGGCAUUCUCAUAUGCCUUGAGACCAGUGUCUGACAUUGACUUGAGACGUACUUACAAGGUGGUUUUCUGGAUUGGUUUGGGUGCCUUAGGUGGUUGGCCAUUUGCUGCUCUCAUUGGUGUUCCAUUUGCCGCUGAAGAGGUUCUCAUCUAUGGUCGUGAUACUAUGAUUAGAGAAGGUGGCACAGUGGUUCGCUCGGUUGCUGGUAAGAAUUGGCGUGUCAGACGCAUCAUUCGUUUGAUUGAAGCCACUGUCAUUUGUGGUGGAGGCUUGUCAUUCAUUCUUAUGUUAAUGGACCAAAUGUUCUAUCGCAAAUACACCAUCGUUGCUUGGAAUAUCAUCAAAUACAAUGUCUUGUCAAAUGCCGAAGGACGUGGACCAGAAUUGUAUGGUGUGGAGCCUUGGUACUAUUACAUUGUGAACGGUAUCUUGAACUUCAAUAUUGUGUUUAUUCUGGCUUUGGGCUCUGCUGUGUGUGUUCUCAUUACCGCUUUCAUUGAUCGUAAUCGCAUUCCUGGUACCACCAGAAUGGAUCAAGUUUGGCCAUACAUUCAAUUGGGCUUAAAGUUGGUUCCUUUCUACCUCUGGUUCACUGUAUUCUCUUUGCAAGCACACAAGGAAGAACGUUUCAUGUAUGUUGCCUAUCCUUUGGUCGCAUUGAAUGCUGCCAUCUCCAUCUUCUUGAUCCGUUCUUGGGCUAGUCGUUUUGCCGGCUUCUUGGGCGCUGAUGUCAAUACUCGUGUCAUUGUCCUGCGUUACACUUCUUUGGUUAUCUUGUUUGUCUACGGUAUUUUAUCCAUCUCUCGUAUCACUGCUCUUCUCACUCGCUAUCGUGCACCUUUCCAAGUUUACACUUCCCUUUGGAAGGAGCAAGCACCGGAUCAACUCGUCAAUCGCAACUAUAUUCAAGAAGAUUUCCCUGAUAAUGUCGAUCUCAAACUGAAAAACGUCUGCGUUGGCAAAGAAUGGUAUCGAUUCCCAUCGCAAUUCUUUUUACCUAGUGACACUCGCCUCCAAUUCCUCAAGACAAACUUUGAAGGACAGUUGCCUCAAGAAUUUGAGGAGGAUUUGGGUGUUGGAUCAUAUGAAGUGGAUGGACAAGAGCAAUAUUACAGAAAGCGUAUUUAUGGUUGGUAUGGUGCUCGUCAGGCACCAGAGGGUUUCAAUGAUUUGAACAAGGAGAACCCAAGUGUGUAUGUCAAGCCUGAAGAGUGCGAUUAUUUAGUCGAUGUGGACUUUCCUCUUCGCCCUUCCUCUCCUCUUGAGCCUCGUUAUAUCCAAGAUAUUGAGCAUUGGGAAGUGGUGGAGUGUUUCCCUUUCUUGGAUGCUGAUAACUCCAAUCGCUUGUCACGAGCAUUCUGGGUUCCUGGCUCUCCUGGUUUAGAAUGGGGAGAUUAUUGUAUGCUGAAGCGUAAAUCUACUGCUAAAUAG